AUGGACCAAUUCAACAGAGAUUAUAUUCAAGCGACUUCUGUAAAAGUUCAAACUUUGCCAUAUGAGUUGACUAUCUCCGCUGUAUAUUGUCCUCCAAGACAUAAUAUCAAAAGGGAGCAGUUUCAAGAAUUCUUUAAUACUUUGGGGCCCAAAUUUUUAGCAGGAGGCGACUAUAAUAGUAAACACCCAAAUUGGGGAUCUCGUAUUUCUAACCCAAAAGGAAAAGAACUUAAUUUUGUAACUCAACAUAACAACUUUGUUACAAUAUCCACAGGUACUCCUUCCUAUUGGCCUAGUGAUCCGGCGAGAAUACCUGACUUACUCGAUUUUUUCAUUUCGGGCGGCAUUGAUAAUAAAUGCAUCGAAGUUCAGUCAAAUUACGAUCUAAGCUCGGACCACUCUCCAGUCAUUGCAUCUGUGAGUUCAAAUUUAAAACAAACACAAACAAGUUACAAACUUCAUAAUCACAAAACGGACUGGGUGUUGUACAAGAAUAUUAUUAAGGACCAAAUAUACUUAAAAAUGCCUCUAAAAUGCUCAAGCGAUAUAGACGGCGCAUUAAACGACUUUCAACAAAUUUUGAAGAAUGCAGUCAAAGAUUGUACUCCGCAAAAUUUCGUCACCAAUAAAGGACCCUACAUAACGCUAGAGAUUAGGAAACUAAUAGCUGAGAAACGUAGGAUUAGGAAAAGAUGGCAAACCACUCACUCGCCACAGGAUAAGACUCUACUAAAUAGAAUGAAUAACUUAUUGAGAACUAAAAUUAGUGAAAUGAACAAUAAUAACUUCACUAACUAUGUUUCUAGAUUGAAUAGAUUUGAUAACAGCUUAUGGAAGCCACUAUCUAAUAGAAGAAGACCUGCAACUAAACACCCUCCAAUAAGAUUAAAUGCCUCCGACUCUUGGGCAAGAAGUGACUCUGAAAAAGCAAACAUGUUUGCUAAUUAUCUAUCAUCUGUCUUUUCGGUUAAUGAUAUCAAGUCAAAUUUUAACAUUCCUAAUUCUGAAAACACUACCUCAGACCUUAACAAAACUAGAUUCUUCACCGUGAAAAGUGUUUAUAAUGAAAUUAAACGUCUUAAAAAUAAAAAAGCUGUGGGUAUAGAUUCAAUUUCAAGCAUAAUGCUUAAAGAACUCCCCAGAGAAGGAUUUAUUUUACUUACCUACAUCUUUAACGCAAUUCUUAGGCUCAAUUACUGGCCGACAUUAUUCAAAACCUCUACGGUAAAAAUGAUCCCAAAGGUAGGAAAAGAUCCGAACAAAGUCAAUUCUUAUCGACCAAUAAGUCUGCUUCCAAUAACAUCUAAAAUAUUCGAAAGACUCCUGCUAGCAAACAUCGCAAGGACCACUAACCUAAUUCCUGAUCACCAAUUCGGCUUUCGCAGCGGACACACAACUACGCAACAGUGUCAUCGAAUAGUAGACACCAUUAAUAAAGCUUUUGAAGGCAGUAAAUACUGUUCUGCUGCUUUCUUAGACGUAAGCCAAGCUUUUGAUAAAGUUUGGCAUGAAGGCCUUCUAUACAAAAUUGGAAAUCUAUUGCCAGCAUACAAGAUUUUCUUUGAAUCUUACCUUAAUCGGAGAAAAUUUCAAGUCAAGGUUGGCGAUACUUUAGCUGGGCCAAAAGUAAUGAAAGCAGGAGUUCCCCAGGGCAGUGUUUUGGGACCAUUCCUUUACCUAAUUUAUACCAAUGACUUCCCCACAUUGAGAAACACUACCUGCUGCUCGUUCGCGGACGAUAUUGCUGUUUUGGCAGUUGCACAAGAUCCAACCGAUGCAUCUUUUAAACUGAAACAAAGCUGCCCAAGAGUAACGCUUGACGGUGACGAUAUUCCCCAAAACAACGUGAUUAAGUACCUAGGCCUGCACUUAGAUUCCAAGCUCACCUGGAAAUUCCAUAUAAACAAUAAAAUACAACAAUUAAAACUAAAAAUGCAACAGCUAAAUUGGCUUUUAGGCAGAAAGUCAAAACUUUCACUGUAUAACAAAGUCUUAAUCUACAAUGCAGUGCUGAAACCGGUGUGGACCUACGGCAUAGAGCUGUGGGGAUGCGCUAGCAAAUCACAUAUAGCCAAGAUGCAGAGAAUGCAAAAUAAAAUUCUCAGAACUCUAGUCGACGCUCCAUGUUUUGAUGUAAGAGGCAGAUCCUUCCACAAAGCCUUGUAUUGGUCUGAUGAACAAGCUUUUGGUCCACGUGCCUAUUUUGUGGCCGUUUCCAGACCUGCCGCCUUGACGAUAGAUGCGGUCCAACUGGACGAUGAAGGAGUUUAUAGAUGUCGUGUGGAUUUUCAAAAUUCUCCAACACGGAAUUUUCAGGUCAACUUGACUGUCAUAGUUCCUCCACAUCAGUUGCUAAUUUAUGACAAUUCUGGACGUGAAGUGACUGAUACUGUGGGACCUCUAGAAGAAGGCAGUAAUUUAGUUCUGACAUGUGAGGUCAGAGGGGGUCGUCCAGAACCGACAGUAUCAUGGUUUAUCGACGGUCGUCUCCAUGACGAAGCUCGAGCGUCACCAUCAAUGCACCACGUCACCAUAAAUCGGCUUCAAGUUCCGCUCCUGAGACGUCAAGACCUCAAUUCUACGUUUCGAUGUCAGGCGGCCAACACGAAACUGAUACUUCCGACCGAGCGGUCUGUGAGACUCGAGAUGAAUCUGCGACCUAUGAGCGUCAAACUGCUCGGAACGCCCGGGCAAUUCAUCGCCGGCGAGAAGUACAGUGUGGCUUGCGAAGUGCUCGGUUCGCGACCUCAGGCACAAGUCACAUGGACCCGUGGCGAACGAAAGUUCCGCAAAGGCAAACCCGGACUCGAAAAGAUCGAGGAAGCAUCGAAUGCAACAUGGUUAAUGUCAACUUUGACCUUUACACCUACCCCAGACGACCACAAUACUCAACUGUCGUGUCGAGGGGAUAAUUUGCGACUGCCGGGUCAUGGACUUGAAGAUACAAUACAUCUGGAUGUUCUAUACUCUCCCCUGGUGACACUGACACUAGGCAGCACUUUGAAUCCUGAGGACAUUAAAGAGGGCGAUGACGUGUACUUUGAAUGCCAUGUACGAGCUAAUCCUAAGGAGCAUCGCAUCACUUGGUACCACAAUGAUCGUCUCGUGACUCAGAACGUGUCGACGGGCGUCAUACUGAGCACCCGCUCCUUGGUCCUCCAGAGGGUGUUGCGUCACGACGCCGGCGAAUACAGUUGUCUCGCAGCGAACGAAAGAGGAGAAACUGCAAGUCAACCUGUGCCACUUCGAGUGCAAUAUGCUCCAGUAUGUUCUACAUCGCCAAAUUCCCGCCUAAUAGGAGCGUCUCAAGACGAAUCUUUGCGGAUUCGAUGUGACGUGACCUCGGAUCCACUGCCCGAAGACUUCGUGUGGCAAUUCAACAAUAGCGGCGAAAGCCUCGACGUAAGCUCCAGGGCGGCGCGAACACCGCCGGGCGGCACAAGGUCGAUUCUCUCGUACAAACCGGCCGGAGAGAGAGACUUCGGCACUCUCAGCUGUUGGGGAAGAAAUGCAAUAGGGAAGCAGGCGGAACCUUGUGUCUUCCAAGUUGUGCCAGCAGCCAAGCCGUUUCCACCUCGGAAUUGUUCGUUGGCACCUGGUAACCUGAGCGCCGUGCUGGAGGUGCAGUGCGUCGCCGGUUAUGAUGGUGGUUUGCCGCAACAAUUCCUCCUCGAAGCCUAUGAUACGCGAACUAUGCGUCUGCGACUCAACCUCACGAGCACAUCUGAGGAACAGCCCAUCUUCAGGCUAGAUCUAACAGAAUUGCUGCCAGGGUCUUCGUCUGGGCCGUCGCCCACGUUGCACAUCGCCGUCUUCGCGCAGAAUCAAAAGGGACGAAGCGAACUCACGCUGUUGGAAAACAUCGCUUUGGACGACGCAGAAAAGAUAACAGAUGGUGACACAGGGCUUUCGCUGGCACCUCUAUUUGCGGUUCUAGCGGGCGCUCUAUUAGCGUUAACGCUUGCCGUCGUGGCAGUCCGACGGCGGUUGCACGAAGCACGUAACGGUCGCCGCGGCGGUCCAAAUGGCGGUGUACCCAGCAGUGGAGCGAAUCACCAUGGGGGCGGUGGCGGUUCUGUGAUAGGAGCCGGUGGAGUGAAAUCUCAACAGACGACCACAGCUACAGAUAAAAUAUUAGAGCCGCCGGAUCAGCUAUUAGAGAUCAACAGUGGUGAGCAGCGGUACGUUUUGGCGUAUACGCUGAAAAGGCCGGACGCAGCCGCUACUAUGACAGCGCCCGCGGAGCCUGAUAUUCUCAGCGCGCAAAGGGAUAACAUUGACCCACCUGUCAGACCAGCCGCCCUGUUCUCAACGAGGGACGUGGCUAUGCUGGACAGAGCGAGGCAAGGAGAUCGCCAUGCGAUACCAGGAUUAGGUGGAGGCAACAGUCCGCCCCUGUGGCAGCAGAGUCGGCCUUGGGCGAUACCAGGAAAGACGAGCGACCACAUAACUACGGACACCAUACCAGGGCCGGAGUCAUGUGUAUGAAUUAGUGGAAAUUAACAGUGUGGUAAAAACAAACUGUGUUGACAUUCCAGAAAUUAGUGAUAAUUCGAAUGCAUGGUGAUUUUUAAAACUAACUUAUUCAUGUGAGUGAAUAGUGUGAGGGACAAAUUUAAAUAUUAUAUUAGAAGACAAUAUAAAAACUAUUUCUUUAUAUUAGUAAUGUUUAUGUGUAAAAAUAUUUAUAUAUAGAGUAUAUCUUGUUAUAAUAUA